AUGCUGUCAUCCUCCCCGGCGGUCCCGAUCCACCGGUUCGAUUUCUCGGGGGACAAACGGCGGCUGUCUAUCCACACCGCUCACGGUCAGACACUGACCUCGAACGAGGGUCUGCCGUCCCCCGAGCACCUCACGCCCAUCACAGGCAACACACCCGCCAUGACGCCCCACGGCGGAAGUCCCGACGGGAGCGAAAGCGGUUCCGCGGAUGUAUCGCGGAGGCCGAGCCAGGUGGAUUUUCGAGCACCGCGAUGGGAGGGGCAGGACGGCGGAGAGUUGACAAAGGCCAAUAGUCGUGGUGGAUUGUGGCAUGAAGAUGGGAAUCUACCCCCACCCGCACCGCGCAUGAUGCCGCGUCAAAUCUCUCCAGGCUCGACAGACAGAGUCUCCCCUCCCCUCCACAAACCACGCCCCGUCCCGUCGGGUCUCGCCUUCACUCCCGCCGCUCAGCCCAGUCCAGCACACACGCCCACCGAAGAGCGUGAUCGCGGACGGUCUCAGCUCGGUCAUGAUCCGCACUCGGACCCGCUCACGGCGCCGACCGCUCCCAACUCUCCCGGGGCAAGUCCCGGUGCAUCCCGUCAGCCUACCAAAAAUCACGGACGGCUGCACGACCUCAGGCGGUUCCUGAACCACCAUAUCGGACAUGACAAGCACGACAAGCACCACGGUGACCGGUCACAUGCGCCGUCUGCGCUCGUCACGCCUGCCAUGUCGCACGUCAAUGACUCUGUGCCGUCUACACCUUCAGGGGUGGCUACGCCCGGCGUACAGAGGCGGGGCGACGGGUUCUUUGGUGUCGGUGGAGGUGAUCACGGAUUGAGCGGGAACGCUACGCCCGCUGGGGAGUCUCACCCCUCCAGCCAGGUCCCUACUCCCCGUGGAAAGCACGAUGAUCACGGAGCCAACACCAAUCACCUCAUCGGCUUUAUGCGUCAUCACCACAAGGACAAUGAUGGCGAAAAGUCCCACUCGUCCCUGGCGAGCUUUUUCGGUCAUCACCGGGAUGAGAAGAAGAAGGAGAAGCGGGCGGGGCACAAGACGCCGACGGACAGUCUGGCCUCGUCGAGGGUGCCAAGUCGGACCACCACGCUGAACACCGAGGCGGACUCGCACAGUACCGUCCAUGCCCCAACCCCUUUGACCAGCAACGCGUUCGUCGCGUCCCCUACCGCCACACCCGGGAACGCUACUCCCAAAAACGCCUCGGACUACCCCGGCGUGCCCAACCCGGUCAUCGCAUUGACCCAUCCGUCUCUGCACGAGGCGACGCAUGCGCACUUGUCCAAAAAGUACGGCAAGUGGGGCAAGGUGCUCGGAUCUGGGGCGGGCGGAACGGUGCGGCUCAUCAAGGGCGCGACCAAGCAGGGCGGGUCGACCUAUGCGGUCAAGGAGUUUAGGCCCAGGCGGCAGGGCGAGUCGGAGAAGGAAUAUCAGCGCAAGGUCACUGCCGAGUUUUGCGUUGGUGUAACGCUGAGGCAUACCAAUGUCAUUGAGACGGUGGACAUUGUUUGCGAUCACGGACAUUACUACGAGAUUAUGGAGUAUGCCCCGUACGAUCUCUUUUCGGUCGUCAUGUCUGGCAAAAUGGCCCGCCCGGAAAUCUACUGCGUCUUCCGCCAGAUCAUUGACGGUGUCAACUACCUUCACUCAAUGGGUCUCGCCCACCGUGAUCUCAAAUUGGACAAUUGCGUCAUGACCCCGGACAACAUUGUCAAGUUGAUCGAUUUCGGAACGGCGACCGUCUUCCACUAUCCUGGAAAGCACCAGAUUCCGGCGUCCGGCGUGGUCGGUUCGGACCCGUACCUCGCACCCGAGGUGCUCCAGAAGGACUCGUACGACCCCCGCUUGACGGACGUCUGGUCGGUCGCCAUCAUCUUUAUGUGUAUGAUCCUGCGUCGCUUCCCCUGGAAGAUUCCCGACUACAAGUCAGACAUGAGCUUCCGGCUCUACGUCAACACCCACCCGGAGCUCUGCAAGCGGCCACCCACCAAGACGCCCGCGCCGAGCAUCAUGGCGCCUCCAUCGUCCAAUGGUCAGGGUCACGGGCAGGGUGCACGGGACGGGCUGGCGUCGGACGGGUCUUCGGCCGUGCCGUACCGCACAACCACUGCGGGACAGCCUACCACCCUCGGACCCAACCGGGGCAACUCGGUCUCCACGUCCGACUCAUCGGAGCACAGCGGGUCGACCGACGACGACGACCGGGCGUCCAUCGCGCCAAGUAUGGCCACGCUCCGUCUUCAGGAGUCGCCCGGCGACAUGAAGGACCGCUCAGACAAGUACUUUCCUCGCGCAGGAGAUAGCGUGUCGUCUCUCCCUGCUUCACGCUAUCCGACUGGCGCCCAUGCGCCAGCGGCUAGCGGGGCACUCCGCCAGGGCACCCUCCCCGUUCCCGAGACGGAGGGUCUGCUCAGCCCUGAUCGCACCCCCAACCGCAAUCGCUCGGCUACCAACCCCAAUCCCCCGCUCGAGAUGCCUACCCGUACGGCCAGUCAGCACGAGCAGCAGCUCCGUCGAGAGCGCGCCGCGUCCAUCUCGUCCACCCGGACCUUCACCUCUGGCGGCGCAGAAUCCAUCUUCCGGCUCCUCCCGCGCGAGUCGAGAUCGGCAGUCAUGCGCAUGCUGGCUGUCGAACCUAGCAUCAGGUGUACGCUUUCGGACCUAUUGGUCGGGAGAGGCAAGGACGAUAUGAUGUGCUCGUGUGGAAGUGCAGAGUGCGGUGGAAACUUGGGGCUGCCGCCGUCAGAGGUGACGGGGAUCACAGAUGGGGAGGAGGAUGAGGGAGACGAGUGGGUGCAGCGGAUCGAGUGCUGUAGUCACGCGAGGGCGAAGGGGGAGAAGGUGACGCAUAGCCAUAUCAAGGUGGUUCAGGAUGAGCCAAAGAAGAAGAAGCUGUUCCACUAG